AUCAUCCGCCUUACCCCGCCUUUGCAAUUCCCGCUUUGGCGAAGAGUAUACCGCUUCAUUUCUUCACCGUUCGCCGUUUCACUGCCUCGUCCAGUUUCGUUUCCCUUCUCAACGCCCUCUCUUUCCCUGCUGUCGAUGUCAGAAUCCGACUCUUGUCCGCUCGAGUCCUGUCCCUCUCAGCAAAGGUGUCCCCAAACGGCGGUAUCGUCUACUCCCCACGCUAUGGCCGUUGUUCCUCGUCAAGUCGUCACGGAUCUGGACGUACGCAUCUCCCCGGAAGUUCCUUCCUCCACCUGCGAACCAGGCUCGCAAGUAUGGCACCGCAUAGAAAAAGAGCUCUACCUAUACACAUCUCAGGAGAGAGCAUGGCUGUAUGUACGGCUAGCGAAUGAGGAAGAGCUUGCGGCUGAGGACCUGCUGGUUAUGGAUAUCAGAGUCGGCGACCCGCCUCCCAGACCUAGCUCAGAUGGUUCAUGGGAUUUCCGACCUGGCGGGAUCUGGGUGCUAAGAAGCAUGUUCUCUGGCAUGAUUGACAAGGCUGUGACAGCCGUGGACGUUCUCUUUGGUAUGGAUGCCGUUGACCCACGACCACAAUGGACUCUCAUGCCAUCAUCGCUCCAACUCAACGGUAAGCCAAUGGGAUCGGUUCCAAGACUCAGCGUACUCCACGGUAGGUCCAAGCCGAGACCAGAGGCUCGGGCGGCUUUAAGAGCGAGAGAGGAUGGCAAAUUCAGAAUUGUUCAGAUCUCUGACACGCACAUGGUCACUGGUGUCGGGGUAUGCAAAGAUGCUAUUGAUGCCCAUGGGAAAGAUCUGCCAGAGAGCGAGGCUGACCCGCUUACGGUUGGCUUCAUUGGAAGGAUCCUGGAUGUCGAGAAACCAGACCUUGUGGUUCUCACUGGAGAUCAGUUACACCACGACAUCCCGGACAGCAAGUCUGCCCUCUUCAAAGUGGUUGCUCCUAUCAUCGAGCGUUCAAUCCCAUUCGCAGCCGUCUUUGGCAAUCAUGAUAGUGAGGGCACCUACGCAUUAUCACGCGCGGCACAGAUGUCAAUACUCCAGGAUCUGCCUUUUAGCCUCUGCGAGCCAGGCCCAGAGCAUGUCGACGGCAUAGGCAACUUCUACCUGCAGGUCCUGGCUCCCGCGCCGUCACAGCUCCCGUUAUCGACUCUAUAUUUCCUGGACUCGCACGGUAGAAUACCGAGCGAGAUACAAAAUCCCGACUACGACCCUAUCAAGCAAAGCCAAAUUGACUGGUUCACGGACACUUCUCGCGCGCAACGACUUGCGCGUGAGAAGGACGAUAGCGAAAGCAGCUGCUUUCAUCUGUCUUUAGCCUUCCAACACAUCCCUCUCCCCGAGUUCCGUGACCCCUAUCUUAGUAUACGCAACGGCCAGCAGGGGGAACCUCCUGAAACACCCAGUCUCAAUUCCCAUUUCUACGCCGCUUUGGUCGAAGGAGGCGUAUCAGCAUUGGGCUGCGGGCACGACCACGUAAAUAAUUUUUGCGCUCUUCUGCCACAACAAACGCCUCAGAAAGGCGGGAAACCCACUCAGUCUGGCCCCUGGCUGUGCUAUGGAGGUGGUAGUGGGUUCGGGGGAUAUUGUUCGUAUGGCGGAAAGCGAUAUCACCGAGGGGCGCGGGUGUGGGAACUCGUUCCGAGAGACGGGAGCUUGAAGACUUGGAGGCGGGUCGAACAUGUCAUGGUUAGAGUUGAUGAGCUGGUGCUUGUGAAAGGUGGAGCGGUGGUCGAUUCUGGGGAAGAUGAAGACGGAAACGAUGUAGUGAGUUGAACCCGAUGAGGAUGAGUCAUACAGCACGCUGCAGACUCAGCCUUCAGCACACUCUCAUUAUUGAACCAAUUCCUUCCGGCAGAUAU